AUGGACCGCUCUUACCGAUCUGACGACACCGAGGACGCGAUGACGACAGACAACCCCACCACCCCCUUCCCGACGCCGCCCCCUUCGAUGGCAUCGCCAAGGUCACCUAUUCCUCUGCAUCGACAAGCGUCGCCGUUUCCACUCGAAAACAUCAACACAAGGCGAAUCCACUACCAGACACCGCAGGACAGGAUUCGCGGAAACAAUGGGGAAAUCAUUUAUGCAUCUGGUAAUAAAAAGAACCAUUCAAACAGUACUCUGAAUCGAAGAAGACAUCGAGGAAUGAUAUCCAGUAGCAGUGCGAACUCUUGCAACAGCUGUUCUGACAAUAUGUCAAUCCCCAAUGGAGAUCUUGGAUAUCCUGAACAGAAUAAGCAGCACAGGAUAUCCCUAAAUAACGUUAUCGAUGUAACGAACAAAUUCUAUUGGUAUUUAACAGUGGAGUCGUCGUCGAAGAUAAUGUUGUCAACAGUAUUGUCACUAUCAGAAAUAAGGGGACAAUUUUUUCACGCAUCAGAGUAA